AUGCGCACCUUUGCGCCUUGGAGGCUCGCCGUCCUGAUAUUCGGUGCACUUUGCGCCGCAACACCUGAAGCAAGCCCAGACGCUGAACCAGUUGCCGUGCCCCAAUUUACGAAUAAUGCGCCAUUCUCAGGCGCAGUUUACCUGGUCAAUCCGAACGGCGAGCAGGUCACAGCUCAAGGCACGAACUACUGUCCUUCAUCGGCAUCCCAGAGCUGCAGCUCAGUGAAUGCGCCUAGUUGGUGUUGCCCGGCUAACUACGCAUGCGUCGUUCCUGCCAACUCGAAUGGACUCCUUGGUUGCUGCCCAUCUGGCAGUACCUGUGGCGGCGCUGUGAACGCUGCAGCGAUAACGACAGUGACGGUGCAGGCGCAAGCACCAACGACAACCUUUGUCGUCUACAAUGCACCAACCACAGUGCAAGGCGGCUUCUGCGCGACCAUUACAAUGAACGGGCCUGGACUUCCAAGAGCAGCAGAGGGGCAAUGCGGGACUCUCUUGCUAGUGGCAGAAGGAGUCGCCCUGGAGGUGUUCAGCGUGCUAGCAACCAUCGCCGCAGUACUGCUACACGUUGCGCUCGGUCGUACGCUUUGGUAA